AUGCGAACUGAAAUUCACCAGACACUGCGCUUUAAUCGCGCAGCAUUCACGAGCGGCCAACAGACAGUAAGUAGUAUAAAAAUGGCGAAUAUUUUUCAUCCUGACAGCAUGUUGCCUUCUCACAACGCGUACACGAGGUUCAGAGUCCCUUAAUUCAGCCCAGGGAGGUGCUAUUGAUUUAUGCAUUCAUUGAGCAGGUUAUAUGGUAACCCUGUAAACCAACAUUAUGUCUCUAAACGGGCCACGCGGUGGAUGAAAUGGAACAUAAUAGAGGCUAGGUCGAGGUCAAGCAGGAGCUAGUGGAGAUGCGCACACCUAGGUACAGAUUCAUGCAGCGCCGACGAGAAUCCGAGCGACUCUCCCAUUCUCUUGUUGCGUAUAAUCCUGUUCAGUGUGCGUUAGGGACCAGGGGAUGUGGCGACUCACCGUGCCAACCAUCUGCACCUUUUUCCGCUCCGGUCUUCUUGAUUCUGCUUUGACUCUAGGCGUAGGUUGAGGGAGAGGAAAGUGUGAAGUAGAUGCCGCGCAAGUCUACCAUAAUUAAGAAGUAAUUCAGGCGCAAGACACCGUCCCUGCGGAACACACGGUGGACAUCGUCGGUCACGGCGGUUGGAAUGUCGCAAACAAACAGACGAACUGCAGGAUUUUAUGAGGUCCUGCAGUGUGGGGGCUAACUCAUGAAAUGUCAAUCGAAAUUCCGAAAUGCGUUUUCGUUUCAUAAAGAUUAAUUAAAUCAAGUUGUAAAACUAGUCAUCAUGCAGAAUAAUUCUAUAAUAGUUCAGUUGUCUCAGGACGCCGGCUUUCAUACGAACUUAUAUCAGGCCGCCUCCUCAAACUGCAGUCUGUAAAAAUGACUACUUAUUUAGCGUGAAUUUUCCUUAUUGAUUUUCGAUGUCCUUAAACAAUCCAUUAGAUUACAUAGAAAGCAUGCAUUAAAAUAUUCAUUCGUUUGCGCAUCCGAUAGAAAAUUGCGCCUUCUUUCAAUUUUAUACUCAAAGGUAGGGUAUAAUUCGGUUUUCAAAAACUUUUCUAAUUCCCGAAUAAUUUUGAUCUCCACCUGCUGCUACACUUGCAUUUAGGGUUUCCAACAUACAAGCUGUAUAUUUUUUGUGUGCGGAAACCAUGCGUUUCUCUACGGUAUUAAGCGGAGACUAUAUGGGGUUCAUAAAAUUUUGCAGUGGAUUUAAGCCAUGUUGUAAGCUUUACUAGCAACAUUGGUAAAUGAAGAGACACGUUACUUUACGAAGGGGCAUUUCAUGGCAUUAAAAUAUCUCUUAAUUGGAAACUUCGUUAAAACCGAACUAUAUCCUUUCUUCGAGUAUCACAUCGGAAGAAGGCGUAUUCUUCUACCGUAUGAGCAAAGGAUUUAAUAUUUUAUGUAUGUUUUCUGGGAAAUAUAAUAAAUUGUUUAAAGGCAUCAAAAAUCAGUUAGAAAAAUGCAUGCUACUUAUGUAGUCAUUUCUUGCAGACGGCAGUUUAAAGGGACGGCCAGAUGUAAGCUCAUUAAAAAGUCAGCAUCAUGGGGCAGCUGAAUUAUUAUAUAAUUAUGCCGAAUGAUGAUUAGUCUUACAACCUUAUUGAAUUACUCUUUUUGGAACGAAAGCGCACUUUGAAAUUUCGAUUGACAUUUUAUGAGUUGUCCCACGCACUGUAUAAGCAUGUUAUGACGCAGUAGAUUUAGAUGGUUACUACUUACUAGGAAGCCAAUUACUGUAAAACUUACACGACACCAGUUCCAGAUUAAGGGAAGAUUCUGUCACGCACACAUUAGCGAAUAAUUCUUAAUCAGCGAGAGCAAACGGGCUGGUGUCCCUUAAACGGGCCAUGCGAAGGAUUCAGUAGACUGGCGCCGGGUCACAUCAAGGUUCAAAACGCGUUAUUUGCGUUUCAGACCCCCUAACAAAAAUUGCCACGGACGGGCAGUUUUGUGGCACGCUUAGACGCAGACUCACACCGCUCUAGCCAGGCGUACCUAAUCCCGCACUUGAUGGUUGACCGGUUCGGACAGCGGACUGAUACCUAGAGGAGCAGGAGGAGGACGAGGAGGAGGAGGAGGAGGAGGAGGAGGAGGAGGAGGAGGAAGAGGAGGAGGAGCGGAACGAGAAUGAGGUCAACUCUGGGGAGUUUGUUCUCCCCACGGCACUUCAACACAUUUUCUCACUCCGUACAGUCUGA